AUGGCUCCCUUAGCCGAAGCUCUGGGGGCGGCUGACGGAGGAAAUGAGUUGGUCAAAGAACUGAUGCAAUAUCAAAAGGUGGUGAUACAAGACCUAGACGAACUGUCGAGCGAGGCAGAAGUGCUAGAAGCUAUAGCAACCGCAACGGAAGGCACGGCAGGAGAGGCAAAAGUGGUCACCACGAUAGCGGCCAACAGGGGACAGAAGUGGAUGGUGGUCUCAUUACCUACAAAGGCAGCUAGCAUAGCACAUGCGAGCGGAAAACUGCGAGUAGGGUACGUAAACUGCAGGGUGAGACAGUGGGAAGAACGCGGACGCGGCAGGUGCCCAAGGUGCUUGGUCGCCGGUCAUGCCUCUGAGGACUGUAAAGGGCCAAAUAGACGGGACUGCUGCCGCGCGUGUGGCGCAACAGGCCACUUUGAGGCUGGCUGCGGAGCAAGCGAAAAGGACAAAGCCACUUUCAGGGCUCAACUAACUUUGGAUAGAUCGCCAACGGCAGGUAAUCCAAGCCAACAAUGA